AUGCAGCAGCGCCACCUCCUCUCCAUCGACCAAAGCGUGAGUCCCCGCCGCGAGUCCCCCAGGCGUCGCGCUGACGAUCCCCCCCCGCAGGCCCGCAUCCACGCCCCCGCGCCCCGCCGUCCCCCCGCGGGCCCGCUCUCCACACACCCCGCACCCGUCCCCCUCCGCCCGCCCUCCCCCACGCUCCCCGGCACGCCCUUCUCCGCCUCGCCCUCCUCGCGCUUCGAGUACCCCUUCCCCUCCCCCGUCUCCACCUCCGCCAGCUUCUCCUCCUCCACCUCUGCCUCCACCUCCACCUCCGCCUCCGCCGCCGCGUCCCCGCUCUCGCCCUACGCGCCCGCCCACCCCCACCCCCACACGCCGCACACACCCGCGUCCGCGCCCGACCACGCCUUCCCCCUCCUCGGCUCCGCAUCCCUCCUCCCGUCCCUCACCGCCCUCCCACCCCUCUCCCUCUCAAUCCCCCCCUUCCCCUCGCUCUCCCUCGCCCCCCACUCCCACUCCCACGCCCACGCCCACGCUCACGCCCACGCCCACGCCCAAUACCCCUCCCCGCCCCAGUCCCAAAAUUACCCCUACGCCCAGCAGCCGCACGCCUACUACCACUCCACCGCCAAUGCCACCCCCGUCUCCGCAUCCUCCACCGCCACCGCCGCGGCCACUCCGAACCCCCACCGCGCGGCCGCAGCCUCCGCCCGCGACCCCCCCGUGCCCCCCGCCCUGAGCGCACGCAGGCGCCGCGGCCGCGCCGCCACCAUCGCCGAGGGGCGCGACCCCCGCGGGCCUGGGGGCGGUGCGUCGCACAGGGCGCGCGGGCGCAGCGCGAGCGGCGCGGGCGACGAGGAGGACGAGAGGGAGCGCGAGCGCGAGGGUUGA